AUCAAGGUGGGGCAAAAACUUGAAUGUUUCAGACGGGGAAGGAGUGGGGCAGCCUGAAGUAUCCUCAAAGUGAUCUGAGUCGUUCACAAACCAUCGCUGUAGUUUUUAACCUGUUUUAUUAUCGCGUUAGUUUGCUACAUUUUACUUUUUCCAGAGAAGAACCGUCGAAACUCCAUUGAUAAGUUUGUAGAAAACUUUAUUUCUCAUUAUAUAAGGCUACUUUGUAAAGGUUGACAGGAGACGCACAGAUAUCAGUUUACACUGGUUUUUAUUGAGGUACUUUUGGACUGUUGAAGUUUCAGAUCACCUGAAACAAAUUUCACUUCCUCAUCCGGACUUGAUGUGUUUUCCGCUUCGACAUCAACUGUCGCUAAUUUGUUUCGUGAAUGGGACUUUGUCUGCCGUCGCUCAGAUGAAAACGGACGUCGGGCAGUAGCUGAAUCACCUGUUAUUGCUUUAAAUUCCCUGCAAACAGAUCCCUACAGACAGUUGUUUCAGUGAGCAGUGCCGCUGCACCAGAGUCCAGCUGUUCUCCCGGAGGCAGAGGUGAUUUCCUCUUCUGAGGUUCCUCAAGAACAUCUGCAGGCUUACAGGCUCAGCUGGGUGAACUAUUGGUAUGCGUGUGUGUGUUUACCAGCUCUAAUGUUAGCAGCUAGAAAACGUCACCUGUGAGAGGAUCGAACCGCCUCACCAUGACAGAGGUCCAGACUCCAUGGCCACAGGGCACAGAGUGUGUGGCCAGGUACAACUUCAAAGGCACAUCAGAACAGGACCUGCCCUUUAACAAAGGAGAUGUGUUGACUAUCAUUGUGGUCACAAAGGAUCCAAACUGGUACAAAGCUAAAAAUUCUGCAGGUCGUGAAGGAACGAUUCCAGCCAACUAUGUUCAGAAAAGGGAGGGUGUGAAGUCUGGAGGCAAACUGAGUCUAAUGCCAUGGUUCCACGGGAAGAUAACACGAGAUCAGGCGGAGCGGUUGCUUUACCCACCAGAAACAGGCCUGUUCUUGGUGCGAGAGAGCACCAACUUCCCCGGUGACUACACCCUGUGUGUGAGCUGUGAUGGCAAGGUGGAGCACUACCGCAUCAUCUACCACAAUGGCAAGCUCACUAUUGAUGAAGAGGGGUAUUUCGAGAACCUCAUGCAGCUGGUUGAGCACUACACCAAAGAUGCAGAUGGCCUGUGCACCAAACUACUCAAGCCAAAAGUGGAGGAGGGGACUGUGGCUGCUCAAGAUGAGUUUUCCAGGAGUGGCUGGUCGAUGAACAGAAAGGACCUCAAGCUACAGCAGGUUAUUGGAAAAGGAGAGUUUGGAGAUGUCAUGGUGGGAGACUAUAGAGGGACUAAAGUAGCAGUGAAGUGCAUAAAAAAUGAUGCUACAGCACAGGCCUUUAUUGCAGAGGCUUCUGUCAUGACGCAACUACGGCACGAUAACCUGGUGCAGCUGCUUGGAGUGAUUGUGGAGGAGAAUGGGAGUCUGUAUAUAGUUACUGAGUAUAUGGCCAAGGGCUGUUUGGUUGAUUACCUACGUUCCAGAGGACGGACAGUACUUGGUAGAGAUGCUCUCCUUAAUUUUGCACUAGACGUCUGUGAAGCCAUGGCAUACUUGGAGACCAAUAACUUUGUCCACAGAGACUUAGCAGCCCGAAACGUUCUUGUGUCAGACGAAAACAUCGCUAAAGUCAGUGACUUUGGUCUGACCAAGGAGGCCUCUUCCACUCAGGACACUGCUAAGCUGCCUGUGAAGUGGACAUCACCAGAAGCCCUCAGAGAGAAGAAAUUUUCCACCAAAUCAGAUGUUUGGAGCUAUGGUAUUUUGCUUUGGGAGAUUUACUCUUUUGGCCGUGUGCCUUACCCGAGAAUUCCAUUAAAAGAUGUAGUGCCACGAGUGGAGAAGGGAUACAAAAUGGACUGUCCAGAUGGCUGUCCUGAAGUGGUGUACAACAUCAUGAAACAGUGCUGGAACCUGGAUCCUGCUGCUCGACCGAGCUUUCAAAUGUUGAAGGAGUGGCUACAACAUAUCACCCAAGGGACGGGAAAAAAACAAUGAGAAAUCUGACAGAACAGACGCGAAAAGUGACUUUUGUCUUCCUUCAUUUUGUACAUUGGGACCAUAGCCUGGGAUGAAAAAAAAAAUGAACUGUGUUAUUUAGCAAAGUUCACAACAUUUUUUUUCAUUAUAUGUUAAUUAAAACUGUCAACAUUUAUAUUUCUUAGUGUCAUCUCUCACCUCAGGUUGUUGAAACUGCAGUGACUCUUGAUUGGUGGCUCGUUUAAGAAGGGCCUUGUGUUCAACUUGUCUUCCUGUGCUCUGUUAUCAAGAGUGAAUGAUUAACUGUCAUAUCAACGAGUCUUUCUAUAGAACACAGUGCUGCCUCAGAGCCACAGUGCCUUGCCUUGUUUUUUUCGGUCGUUCUGGUGGCAUAAUUUCAUUUUAUGAACUUGUAGACAAUAACAUCAUUUGAUUAAGUUGACUGAAUCCAUUUAUCUGUUUAAAGAGGAAAAUGCUUCAAAGUAGGAACUCAAUUUGUAUACAUCAUUACCCGCUGUAUUAUUUUUUUUUUUUACAGUUUCCAGGUACACGAUUUUUGCAUGAACUAUUGAAUGUUGAAUUUGUUAAAAGGACUAAGUUAAAAUGACUAUGAUGCAGCUUUAUUUUUUUCAAUGUUAUGUAAUUUUAAAUAUGUUACAAGUCUACUUUUGAAUCCCUCUGAAAGUCAAAAAUGGAAGCACAAAUUUGGACAAAUGUCAUCUUUACUACUGAUAUAAAACACCAUCCAACUCAGUCAUCAGUCCCAUGUACAGUGGUUUUCAUUUGACAUUAAUACCUGUUUUAUUCUGGGAAUCAUUUGAUUUAACCAAACUGUUAUUUUCUAUGUUAUGAGAAAAAGAGAAUGUUAAUAAAUUGACUGUGCUGCCGUUUUCAACAAUAAAAAAGAAUAUCUUUUGAAAAUA